AUGAACAGAGAAAACUACACAGUGGUGCGUGACUUUGUUUUACAGGGUUUCUCCAGCUUCCAUGAACACAAGCUGACGCUUUUUGUGGUAUUUUUUGCCUUGUACCUUUUAACGCUGGCUGGAAAUGUGAUCAUUGUGACCCUCAUCAGCAUUGAUCGUCACCUCCACACGCCCAUGUACUUCUUCCUUACUAUGCUAUCUGUUUCUGAGACCAUGUACACACUGGUCAUUGUACCACGAAUGCUUGCCAGCCUCAUAGGCCUCAGCCAACCCAUUUCCUUGGCUGGUUGCGCCACCCAGAUGUUUUUUUUCAUCACUUUGGCCAUCAACAAUUGUUUUCUGCUCACAGCAAUGGGGUAUGACCGGUAUGUGGCAAUUUGCAACCCCUUGAGGUACAUGGUCAUCAUGAGCAAGAGGGUGUGUGCCCAGCUGGUGUGUGGUGCCUGUGGCAUUGGACUGCUUGUGGCCAUCAUUCAGAUUUCUUCUGUGUUCAGGCUGCCCUUUUGUGAUAGAGAGGUGGCACAUUAUUUCUGUGACAUCCGCCCAGUAAUGAAACUCUCCUGUGAUGAUACCACUCUGCAUGACAUCAUUAACUUGAUUGUCAGUUCACUGGUUAUUGUAGUGCCUAUGGGUUGGGUCUUCAUUUCAUACAUCCUCAUCAUCUCCACUAUCCUCAAGAUUGCCUCUGCUGAGGGCCGGAAGAAAGCUUUUGCCACCUGUGCCUCCCACCUCACUGUGGUCAUUGUCCACUAUGGCUGCGCCUCCAUUGCCUACCUCAAGCCCAAAUCAGAAAACACAAAAGAUCAGGACCAACUGAUAUCCGUGACGUAUACAGUUUUCACUCCACUCCUUAAUCCUGUUGUGUAUACUCUAAGGAACAAGGAAGUCAAGGAGGCCCUCUACCGUGCUAUUGGCAAAAAGCCUCCUUCUUAG